CUUUCCUAGAGACUGCGUGCCCAUAUUGUGGAUACAUACAACCCUAUUUACUGAGGAAUCAAAUGAGGAAUCGGACAUCUAACACAUUUCCGAUGACAGCAAAGAAUACUGAGGAUUCUGGGUCAGAACAUCAGCCCACAGAGGAAACCUCUGAUCCUGCAUGCAGAAUUGCUAAACAACUGUCUGAGAACACUGAGACUUCUGUGCCAGAAUAUCACCCCACAGAGCAUAUUUCUGAUCUUGCAUUCAGACAUCCUGAACAAUCUACUGAGGAGGUGAAAUCAUUCAUGAAUCCUCAACACACAGUAAAACAGAAGGAAGACAAAAAAUCUUCAAGGAUGGAAGGCUGUUGCAAGUUGAUUAAUGUUCUUAAUAAAGGUGUUCGAUACAUCACUGGAGACAUGGAAGAAUUUGGAAAGUGGCUUAAAGGUAAACUUAUAAUAUUUCAGUUUAUUGACUGGGUCCUUCGAGGUACUGCUCAAGUGAUGUUUGCCAAUAAUCCACUCAGUGGACUAAUUAUCAUCGCUGGUCUACUAGUCCAGAAUCGUUGGUGGACAAUCACAGGGUGUACAGGAACUGUAGUAUCAACUCUUGUAGCACUACUCCUCAGCCAAGACAGAUCUUCAAUUGCAGCAGGCCUCUAUGGAUACAAUGGGAUCCUUGUGGGCUUACUAAUAGCUGUAUUCUCUGCUAAUGGAAACUGGUACUGGUGGCUGAUUCUCCCAGUGAUUAUCAUGUCCGCAGUCUGCCCUAUUCUGACAAGUGCAGUGGCCUCCAUCCACAGCAUAUGGGAUCUCCCUGUUCUUACAUUGCCUUUUAACAUUGCAGUAAGCCUGUAUUUUGCAGCAACUGGCAGUUUCAACAAUUUUUUUCCAACAACUCUGAUUCAGCCGCAGACCUCAGUACCUAACAUUACCUGGUCAGAACUUAACGUGCCACUGCUACUCAGAGCUAUACCAGUUGGAGUUGGCCAGGUAUAUGGUUGUGAUAACCCUUGGACAGGAGGAAUCUUCAUUGUUGCUCUGUUUAUCUGUUCUCCAACCAUUUGCUUGCAUUCUAUAAUUGGUUCCAUAGCAGGAAUUCUAGCAGGGCUGUCCCUGUCAUCUCCUUUUGACAAAAUAUACAAUGGCCUGUGGGGUUAUAACAGUGUGCUGGCCUGCAUUGCUAUAGGAGGAAUGUUCUAUGCCCUUACAUGGCAAACUCACCUAUUAGCUAUAGCCUGUGCAUUUUUCUGUGCCUACCUGGGAGAAGCUCUAGCCCAAAUGAUGUCUGUGUUUGGAUUGCCUUCCUUCACCUGGCCAUUUUGCUUCUCAGCGCUUCUCUUUCUGUUACUCAGAACAAACAACAAGGCUAUUUACAAAUUGCCACUUUCCAAAGUCACAUACCCAGAAGCCAAUCGCAAAUAUUACUUAGAAAUAAAAAAAGAAAAGGAAGACAACAAUGAUUCUGUGUAACACUCUGAAAUGUUUUAAAAUGCAGACUGCAUAAAAGUGAAAGUAAGGAAUAUGAAAGAGUUCAACAGUGCAGGCAGGCUGUGUGAACUGCACUGCCAUCUGUAUCAAGGGUUUUUAAGCAGCACAUUUUAGCAUUGUGGGACUUUUUUGUUUCAAUGUUCACAUGUAACUAUGCAACAAAUUUCUUGGGUGAAGCCUGUACAUUUUUUUUUUCUCUUAAGAUUCUUAUUUUCAAUAGUCUGUGUCACAAGGAGCUACUGCAAAGAAAACAUUUCCUCAGGGAAGACGCUGUCUGCAAAGAAAAUAUUUGUUUAAGUGCACAUUUUCAUUUUACUACACAAAGAGCCAAAAGGCUGAUUUUUUUAUUAUGUUUUAAACAAAUUUUUUUAAAAAUUUUAUAUAAUUAGUUCAGCAAUGAAAAAUGAAUAAGAGCACAGUAUUUUUUCUUUGGAUCUGAUUAAUUCAUGUCUACUUUGUAAAUUAAUAUUGAAACAAAAUUCACAUGAGGUGCAUUUUAUUACUAUUUUGAAAAAGGUGAUAACAUUUUCUGUUGUAAAUCUCUGCAAUAAAUGAGAUCUUAUUGUUCAAUUUAA